CGGGGCGGGCGCGCCGGAAGCGGCGGCGCAGGGUGGCGGAGGGCGGCCCGGUCGCCGGUCCCCUCCGCGUGUCCCCCCGGGACCACUCCGGCCCCCGCCGGGGCCAUGGAGCUGGGGCGGGCCGGCCUGGCCUGGGCCGCCGCCCUGCUGCUGGCGGCCCUGGGAGCGCAGGCCGCGGCGGGGGAUUUCGACCCGUACCGAGUGCUGGGGGUGGGCCGGAGCUCCAGCCAGGCCGACAUCAAGAAGGCCUACAAACGGCUCGCCCGGGAAUGGCACCCUGACAAAAACAAGGACCCAGGAGCAGAAGACAAAUUCAUCCAGAUUAGCAAGGCCUAUGAGAUUCUCUCCAACGAGGAAAAGAGGGCAAACUUUGAUCGCUACGGAGAUGCUGGGGAAAGCCAGGGCUACUCUCAGCACCAGCAUCGCCAGUUCCACCACUUCCAUGAAGGCUUCUAUUUUGAUGAGUCUUUCUUCCAUUUCCCCUUUAAUUCGGAGAGGCGCGACACCUCCGACGAGAAGUAUUUGCUCCAUUUUUCCCACUACAUCAAUGAAAUCGUGCCAGAUAGUUUCAAGAAGCCUUACCUCAUUAAAAUAACCUCGGACUGGUGCUUCAGCUGCAUCCACAUCGAGCCCGUGUGGAAGGAAGUCGCUCAGGAAUUGGAGGCGCUGGGAGCGGGAAUCGGAGUCGUUCACGCUGGGUACGAAAGGCGCCUCGCCCAUCACCUGGGUGCACACAGCACACCGUCCCUGCUAGGGCUCAUUAACGGGAAAAUCACCUUCUUCCACAACGCUGUCAUUCGGGAAAACCUGCGCCAGUUCGUGGAGAACCUUCUGCCAGGGAAUCUUGUAGAAAAGAUUACAGAUAAAAACUACAUCCGCUUUCUUUCCAACUGGAAGAAAGAAAACAAGCCCCAUGUCCUCCUAUUUGAUCAUAUGCCAGUUGUGCCGCUGUUAUACAAGCUGACUGCCUUUGCCUACCGAGACUACUUGUCCUUUGGUUAUGUGUACGUCGGACUCCAAGGCACUGAAGAGUUGUCCAGUCAGUACAACAUCAAUGUCUACACUCCCACCAUGAUGAUCUUCAAGGAGCACAUCGACAGGCCCGCUGAUGUGGUGCAGGCACGAGACAUGAAGAAGCAGCUCAUUGAUGACUUCCUUUCCCAGAAUAAGUUCCUCAUGGUGGCCAGACUCACCAACCAGAGGCUGUUCCAGGAGCUGUGUCCCGUGAAGAAGUCUCACCGUCAGCGAAAGCACUGUGUGGUCUUACUUACCGGAGAAGGCGAUAAGUUUGCUGAGGCUUACGAGGCAUUUUUGACUUUUGCUGUGGCCAACACGAAAGACACGCUGAAGUUUGUGCACAUCUAUAACGAUCGGCAGCCGGAAUUUGUGGACGCCUUGCUGAUGGAUGAUGAGAAGUAUCGAGGAAAAUCAGCUGUGGUCAUUCUGGAGAGACGCAAUAACGCAGGGAAGGUCGGCUAUAAAACCUUGGAGGAGGCCUGGCAAGGCAGUAAAGAGGACAACUUCAUCCUCCUGGAUCUCCUGGACCAGUUGAGGACAGACCCCAGCCUUCUCUCUUCAGAGACUGUCCUGGCAGACUUGAAUGAUGAACUCGCUCCCAUGUUCCUUAUCCGAUGGCUCUACUCCAUGAUGGAUUAUAUCUCGGACUGCUGGGACAGCUUGUUUCAUAGUAACUGGCGAGAAAUGAUGCCGCUGCUGUCCCUGCUCUUCUCUGCGCUCUUCAUUCUCUUUGGCACCGUUAUUGUUCAGGCUUUCAGUGAUUCGAGCGACACAAGGGACUCUCCUCCCUCUGAGAAAGAAGAAACCGCCGCAAAGACUGAGAAGAACGACACGAGCUUCAGCAAAGAGAGUAACAGCAGGAUUCCCAAAAAGGGCUUCGUCGAGGUGACUGAGCUAACAGACAUCAACUACAACAGCAACUUGGUACGCCUGAGGCCGGGUCACAUGAACGUGGUCUUGAUCCUGUCCAACUCGACCAAGACCGUCCUUCUCCAGAAGUUUGCCCUGGAAGUCUACACGUUCACAGGGAGCAGCUCUCUUCAUUUCUCCUUCCUCAGCCUGGACAAGCACCGGGAAUGGCUGGAGUACCUGUUAGAGUUUGCUCAGGAUGCGGCCCCCAUCCCAAACCAGUACGACAAACAUUUCCUCGAGCGCGACUACACGGGCUAUGUCCUGGCUCUUAAUGGCCACAAGAAAUACUUCUGCCUCUUUAAGCCUCACAGAUCGGGGGAUGAUGGGGGAACCCUGGGAUCAUGCGAGGAUUACGAUUCCUCGCUACACACAGAAGCCAGAGGGAAAUCCUCCUGCAGCCCAGAAUCUAGAUCCAUUAAAAACAAAUUACACAAAUUAUCCUUUUGGAUGGAACGCCUCCUAGAGGGUUCCUUACAGAGGUUCUAUAUCCCCUCGUGGCCCGCGCUAGACUGAGGGAUUUUAAAGAGAUUCUAACGGACAAACUUUUUAUGAAGACAACAAGGGACAGCGCUUUCCAGGAACACACAAACAAGCGUGACGAAUGGACCUUAGGUUUUAGAUGAACUCUCCUAGGGCCGCCAACUAGAAAAUGUCUCCCCGUGUCCGGAGCCCGGGAGUCCGGCCGAGUGCACCGAAAUUCCCUCCACCAACUCCUUCAUGCGUUUGGAUGCUGUACAACCGAAGAGCCAAGUCCCCUUUUCCCUUCUCGUCCUGCCGCAUCUGCUUCCUGAGUCGCCCCCUCCCCCCCCGUUCCACCUCUCGUUUUACCUCGAUUGAAGAAAAACCCCAUGACUUCUCUGCAGCGGUGACUCAGACAGGACGCGGCCGGUGACACAGGUCGGGUUGUGGUUCUCUUUCUCCCCUUCCCCGUGUGCUUAGCCCAUGGUGCAUGAUGUAACACUGGCAAGACCCUGCAGACCCUCCCAGGCCGUGCCCUUCCAAAAGGCCUCCUCCCACCAGGCAGUCGUACUUAUCGGCUUUCCCCUGUGGUAAGUGAUCUAAAGUAUGGUCGGGAGCAUCUUCCUCGUAGCAAACCCGUAGCUGGGACUCGCCUGUGGUGCGGGAUUGUAGGUGAUCUGCAUGUUUCAUGCUCCUCGUGUCAUAGUUCCACGCGCGGCUUCACCAGCUAAACCAUAACCAGGGAGGGAAGGGGUUUUGCACGGCCGUAAAUACUGUAAAGGUGUUGAGCCAUUUAAAUGUCACGCUGAUUUUUUCGGAUGCCUUUCUGCUUCUGUCGAUUUUAGACGAUGUAUCCUAGAGCCAUAACUUUAACUGUGUCCUCAGAUUGUAGGCGUGAGCUGCUAUGAGCCAGUAGAUGUGUAAAAGAAACUCUACCUAGCUGCUAGAGAGUUGGUCCGGGCUCCUUUCCAACACCCUUACAUCUGUAGUACAAACCAACCUUUCUUUGUAUCAAGGAACCUAAUUCUUCGAUGAUUGUAUUCUUGAAAUGUUGCCCUAGAAGUGCUGUACCAUCAGACCGUCGCUUAGGCGUGAGACUCCUUUUGGUUUAGGCAUGGGUUUCAGCCUCUUGCCCGUUUCCUUCCUGACACAAACCCUUGUUUCAUAACAUGCAAGCUGCUGCCUUGGUUUUUUGUUUCUUUGUGUUAGGUUUGUUGGGUUUUUUUUUUAACUCGUAGGUCUGUGUGAAGCUAGAACAGUCGUAAAGUGCAGGAUUUGGUUUAUGCUUUGCUCUAGCAGUGCUCCAACAGCCACUUUCAAUGCCGCUGGGGGGGACGGGUGGCCCUUGGUUAGGCGGAAGGAAGCAGACUCGCAGCCACUUUCCUCUCCUCAAGUGAUAAAGCAAAGCAGCAGGGUUUCUCUUUGCAGCCCGGACCAAAAUCCUGCUGGGCUUGUGCUUCCUUUUCACUGCUUCGGGGCAGGCACUGUCGCCUGGGCUGGUACUUGCUGUGCCUCCUCCCACUGCCCCACACGGUACUGAGUCGCUGUUAGGCUACAGCACUGCCGCAGCACGGGGCUCUGAGUGGGGCAGCCUGUGCCGCGGGGCUCUGAACCUGACGGUAGGGCGCUCAUUUGAGUACAUGGUGUUAAUUAAAAGCUCACUCAGCCCUUGCAACCAUCUUAGCGGAGCAGCCGGUUAGUAGGAAUAACUGCUGCUCUCUGAGCUAGCUGCCAAUCCCAUACGAAAUCCGGGAAUGCUCAAGUCAUUUUACUGCCUACAUGACGUAGUUGCUCACAGACCCUUGGCUUGCUGCAUUCCUCCCUGCCCUGGGAGCAGACCAGCGUGCUUCCACCACCGUAGGUAUCUCAGACACCGUGUAUAAUGUACUUCCAAAUAAAGGCUAUGAUGCUACCAACUGACCCUACGUGAGGUUACUUAAUUUUAGCUCAGCGGACUCCAAGCUUGUGCUGCUGCAUGAAUGACGCACUAGAGUAGAGGGAAGGAAGGAAGGUGACGUCUUCUCCCUGCCAAAGAGCUCUAAGGCGCACCCAUACUGCCAAAAUAGAGCAGGACGGGGAGCAAAACACUGGCCUGAUGCUGCUAGACUUCAUUUUCAUCUGGCUAGUGUGAUCGCUGUAGCACUCAUGUUUUUCCCCGCAGCUUGCCAUGCAGGACGUGGCUCGAGUAAGGUUGCAGCCCAGUGGAAGGUUCCGCAUAACUUUUUAAAUAUUUGCAAAAGCAAAACAGAAUGCUGUCUGGGUCUCUGCUGUCUCUUCAGCUAGUCAGAAAACCCUCAGAGCAUUCAAAAAAGUGCCUAGCUGUGCUACUGCAAGGGAAUUCAGCCCUGCCCCAAGUAAGAAGGUAAGGCCUUACAGCCUUUGAAAUGCAGCUCGUGUGCCUCACCCCUCCUGGAAUCCUGUUUUUAAUUUUCUUUUUAGCACAGAUAACCUCCCCUGUUAGACUGCAUUUCGUUUAAGGCGCGCUUGCAGCAGUCCACCCUCGCCGGCUGUGGCUAGAUGGGAGCAUGGCUCCUGUUGAGCUGUAACUCUGCCCUUUGCUGCGCUUAACCAGGUCAGACUUAACUCAGCUCAUGUCGCUGUUUUAUGGAAAAACUUUCAGGGGCUGAAGCAAACGCCAAACUGUUCUAAACCCUCGUUUAGUUAGCUUUACUGUCCACCGUGGAGCACUGGCUGCGUGCUUUCUCACAGAAGAGCGUGGUCAGAGGCUGCUUAUGCCUGAUGUCUGUCUGCCCUCUCCCAGCAGCCGUGAGCCGUCACCCCCCAGUAGUUUUCUAACGUGCCGCCUCCAGCAGUGCUUGACCCAUCACAAUGUAUCAGCAGCGAAAGGCGCUUGCGAUUCAGUUAUGCACACGGUGGUUGGUAAUCCAAAGAUUGAAGAAAUCCGGUCCUAGUGCUCUGUCCUAGUGAACUCCGAGCAAGCGCACACCGCUCAGAAGCUGAAGCAAAGGGAUACAGGCCCCCGGGUCUAUAAAGGCUGUACCAAAACUCCUCCCCGAGCUGAGCGUGGUGGGCAGCAGCCAUCGCGGCUGCCUGCUUCCGCUCCGCUGUUCACCGAAAGCCUGCCAGGAACUAGUAAGCUAACGCAGCCUGAGAAGUAGGACUGAAAACUAGGUACAUAUUUUGCACUUUUGAUACUGGGAGGGGGGAAUUAACUUAUUUGGCAAACUUGUCUUUUUUAUUUUUGGUUUUGUUGGUUUGUUUUUUUGGUUUUUUUUGUAUUUGUGAACAGGCACUGAUGUCAUUUUGUUUUAAGACUAUUACAGAUUCGCAACCAAAAUAAACUAUUUUAAUGUGUGA